UGGGAAUUAAAAUAAUCAUUUUUUAAAAACCGUAGUCAGUUUAAUUUUCAAAUUUAAAUUCAAUUGAUCUUCAAAUAAAUUAACAUAAUUUCUCUCAUUAAUUUUAAUUUACAAAAUGUGAAUUUCCUGAAGAUGACAGUUGAUGUCGCCAGCAGAGUGAAAAAUAAUUGCCGAGACCCAAAGAGGAGGAUGUGUGUUAUGUUUUCGCGUAAUAACAGUGUCAUAUAUAUUCGCAUAUAUAUUAAAUAUCUUAAACUCGUCAGUGAAACAUGAAAAACUGGAGGUUAUGUAGUUGAAAUUUUUUAUUUUAUGUUUGUGAAUAUUGCAAGAUGAAUAUUAUUUUUUUAUAACAAAUUAAUCCAUUUGACAGAGAUACUGAUGACCGUCAUGCUGGUUGCUUAAAAAAGUUUUGAUUUUAAAAAAAAUGAUACGUGACUGGAACUGGUGGAGAUAGUUUCCAUUAUUGUUAUUAUUCAGGGGUAAUAUAUUUUUAUCAACAAGUUGAUGAUGACGACUAUGUACGAUGAGUUCUAUGAGCAGAGCGCCUGGUGUUACUGGGUCGUUUCUGUUGCCACAUUGUUGUCUUUUGUUGGAUUUAUUGUCGCUUGUAUAUGCAGCUGCAGACACGGUGAAAACAAGAGCGAGUUUCUGGGCCUUCCCGGUAUGGUAACAAUCACCCAUGCUGAUAAUGAUGAUUACGAUGGGCAGCCAACAUUUUCGGAUAUCACACCAGUUGUCACCCAAGACAUUGUGGACGGUGGAAAAAGGUGCCAAGCCCAUGAUCUGGCAUGGCAGCAUGAUCCCUUGACGAGCGGUGCCAACAGAAGUCUACCGGACAUACCCAAAGAUCGUAACGUCGGGAAUGAUGAGAAUGGAAUCGGUUCGACGCCUCAAGAUGUAAUUUAUGAAGCCACGGAAAUAAUGAAUGACUCGUCUGAGUUGUAUGCAACAGUGCGCGAUAAAAAUCCUAAGCGCGAUAAUGAACGCGGAACGCGUACGAGCUCACAAGAAUCAUCAUCGCUGCAAGAAGAUGACAGCGUGUCACCUUAUGCGAGAUUGAACACACUAAAUUCGACGACAGAUGAACAUCCGUACGCACAAGUUCAGAGUGUCCAAAAGUCCGAAGUAAAUCGUCAGAAUAGUUUCAGAAAUCCUAGUCAGAUGACGGAUAAUGUCGCUUGCACAUCGACCAGCCAGCCGACAAAUCCAGUGGCACCUCCCAGAACACGGAGAUCAUCGUCACAUAAUUCAUUGCUCAACACUGAGGUAACAACCUGUGACAUUCAAGCGGCUAAUGCUAUUACUGGGGGCGUGCAAGCAAACCAAGACUUGCCUUAUAUGACUCCGCCAUUAUUGAUGCCUUUACCGCGGCCUCCGCAGCCUCAACACAAUGGACCACCUCAGCACUUUAGUGGGGAUUCACAAGAUUCUAAUAAAGGAUACACCAGUAUCAGCGUACGCGAACCUCUGGCAAAUAUAAUUGCUCAAACAAAAGCUGCGCAUCAAAAUCGACAGACUUCCCAUAGACCUGUUCAAGACUCGCACUAUGCUACGGUGUCUGAUGAUUCGGAUGAAAUGUAUGCGGCGAUUGAUGAACAGGAAAAAAUUUACACAAGUGGUAGUGAAACUUAUGCACAAAUUCAACCGAUGAUCUGUGAACAAAGUCGAGUUGUAGUACAUGGAGAACCUCAAUUGCUUCAUCAACCGGCUCCGAGAAUAAUACCAGAGGAAUCUGCCGUAUUUUCUGCACCCCAGCCACCCAGUGUUGAUAGUCUUCGGCACGUUGCACACGCACAUUCCCGUCAGGCAUCGUCUUCCAGUGCAACGAGUUCGAUAGCUAAUCCAGGAUCCCCGAAACCUGAAAAACGACAGGCUAACUCGCCGUUACCACCACCUCCGCCGCCUUUACCUUCAGGUUCUACUGAAGGGAAUACAGACGUGUAUGCUUGUGUUGAUAAACAACACAAGAAACCAGAGGAUCAUCAACCUCCGACCAGUCAUUCGAGUCUCCUUCCCGGUAAAUCUGUUGAAGACAUGUACGCUAAAGUGCUGAAGAAGAAACGUGACUCUGAAGAAGAGUAUUUGGGAUCCAAUGCGCCAGUAAACGACGCUCAGAUUCCAGGAAAGAAACUUAAUCUCGUAGAGAUCAGUCGAGCCUCGUGGUCAAGUCACGAUUCCGUUGAAAUAAACAAACGAGAACCAGAGAUACGGGUCUCAGUUCCUCCGGAUAUUCUUAAUCUCGAGUCGGCUAUUGAGUUCAGUGCAGUCGCGAGAAAAUACGAAUUAGAUCGCGUGACUCCUGAUCAUGUAUUCGAGCCUAUGAAUACACAGAGGACAAUAAAUUCAGUUAGUGAACCCAACGAUCCUAAUUACGAGAUGCUACGGCCUCCGUACUCACGAACAGAGGACUCGAAAUUACUGAGCUCUCAGCCGUCUACCAGCAUGAGAAACGGUAUCGACGUGCUGUCCUUUUACUCUGUACCUUUUAAGCAUCGCCAGGUGAGCAAUGCCAGCAGUGAGGACCCUGGCUACGAGAAAGUAAGACUUCGUCGGCGUAUCGACAUUGACGGAGACACCGACUCCGAGCCAAAUUACGAGAGUAUGCCUCAUGAUCACAGCGAGCCUAAUUACGCGUCUGUUUGCCGUCCAGGUGACAGCGACACUGAUCCAAAUUACGAAUCCGUGCACAACAGUGAUCCUAAUUACGAGAGUGUUAGAUAUAUGAGUGUUACUAAUAAAAAAAAUUCCGACCCACCGUACGAACAAGUCAAUUCAUAUCUCGAAACCCGAUUGAAUGUCGACGGGUAUGAGAAAGUCAAGUCCAAGGAAAUUGACGACCCGAACUAUGAGAAAAUUAAUAACACGAGGGAAAGAGAAAGAGAAAGAGAUAAUUUUAAAAAUACUGAUACCGAUGACGAACAGUACGUUCAAGUUUAAAUUAUUUAUUUAUCGGAGGAUUAUUAUUAUUAUUGUAGUAAGGACGUCUUAUAGUACAAGGAAAUUAACUUUAUAAUUGAUAAUUUUUUACAUUUAUAUAUUAUAAUAUAAUAUAUUUAAAAUAUAUAUUAGAGUUAAAAUGCGGGUCGAUAAAUCAAAGAUUUAUCAGUGAUUCGUACUAUGAAUAACAAAAUUAUUUUUUUUUUACGUCUUUGCCAUUAAUGUUUAUAUUUGUCGACUAAUUAUUAUUAUUUCAAAUAUUGCGUUUAAUUAACUGAUUAAUUUUUAUGCUAUGAUUUAAAUAACAAAACGCCGCAAAUAAUUGAAAUACUAAUCGGAAAAAAAAUUUUAAAUAGUUAUGACGUAUGUUAACUCAGAUAAGACUGAUAAAGACUUGAAGUGAUAAAUCAUCAAGUGUACGAUCAAGUUAUUAACACAACGAACAGAUUAAUGAUACUAAAUCAAUCAUUGAAAAAAUAUAUAAGACUUAAAUUUAUAAGAUUCGUCUAAAAAUGUUUAUAAAGAAAUUUUUAAAAUAAACAGACCGACGAUUAAAAAUUUUUUCAAUUUACUAAAUUUUGUAAAUAUAUAUAUUGAUAUUCUUUUAUUUAAAAUUUUAUGUAAAACUUUUCGGUGUAGUAUCAUUUGAUAAUUAAUAAUUAUUUAUUUAUUUUAAUUCAUUCCAUUUAAAUAUUUUAAAUAUAUAAUUUUAUAUUUAAAUCGUUGAUUACUUUUUUUAUAAUGCGAAAAAAAAAUUUAUUUUUUUAAAUUUUCAUAAUUGACUGCUCACUGAAGUUAAAUAUAUGAGCUUAUUAUAUUAUAUAAUGAUUAUAUAUAAAUAUGAGGCCAUAUGGAUGUCACCAGUGCAAUCUCUACAACAAAAAAAUUAGAGAAUUUUUAUAAAAAAAUUAUUUUGUGUAAUUAAAUAAUUGAUACUCGCGUAUGUGUACAGAGACAAAAUUUUUAUAUAAAUUCAUUUUGUACGUAAAAAAUAAUUGUGCAUGUCAUUUAUAUAUUAUUGUAAUAAAAUAA